AUGGUCUCCGAAACACUCGAAUUCUACACAAAAGCCCUGGGCGCUAUGUCGUCCCUGGGCAUCGCCCGCGCCAGCCAAAAACUCCAGUCUAUACCACACCACUUCACAUACCAAACGACCCCUAAUCCCAAAAAUGUCGUCAUUAUUGGCGGCUCAUAUGCCGGGACUCGACUUGCUCAGCGUCUCACAGAAACCUUACCGACGGGGUACCGCGCGGUGCUCAUUGAACGAAACUCCCACUUCAACCACUUCUUUGUGUUUCCGCGAUUCAGUGUAGUCAAGGGGAAAGAGGAGAAGGCUUUCAUUCCUUAUGAUAAUCUGGCGAAGUCCGCGCCGGCGGGAAUUUUCGAGCAUAUCCGGGACACCGCGACAGAAAUCACACCGAAAACUGUGAAGCUUUCAUCGGGUGUCGAGGUCGAGUACGAGUACCUCACCCUCGCGACGGGGUCAUGGCAGCCGGCGCCGAGUAAAUACGAUGUUUUGACGAAGACUGAAGGCGUCAACGCGUUCCGCGCGACGCAGAGGGCUGUAGAAGCUGCGAAUACCAUUGCCGUUGUUGGCGGUGGGCCGGUGGGCGUGCAAAUUGCGACUGAUAUCAAGAGCUAUUACCCGGCGAAGGAGAUAACACUGGUUCACUCAAGAGAGAAGGUGCUUAGUGCGUUCGGACCGAGGCUGCAAGGGGCUGUUAUGGAUGCGCUGAGGAAGAUGGGGGUGGGAAUGGUGAUGGGGGAGAGGCCGGUUAUCAAGAAAGAUGCACCAGACGGAGCCGGGGCUGGUAUGGUCGGACCGGGAAGUCUUACAUUCAAGGAUGGAACGCAAAAGUCGUACGAUCUUGUGCUCCCCUGCACCGGCCAGCGGCCCAACUCGAGCAUCCUCGCCCAUCUCGCACCAGGAGCAAUCGACCCGCAAACGCGGCAGAUUCUCGUGCACCCAACGCUCCAAAUCAAUGAUGGCUCUACAUCCAGCUCCGAUAAAGAGGUCACCAUCUCUGAGCGGAUUUUCUCCCUCGGCGAUGUCGCUAAAACAGGCGGCCCGCGCUUCGCCCGUGCCGCUCGCGCACAGGCUGAGAUUGUCACCUCCAAUAUCCUGCACUUGAUCAGGGGGCAAAAGGACAAGCUGAGCGAGUACCAUCCGGCAAUGUACGAGGGGGCGAUUAAGCUAACCCUGGGGAAGUCCGACUACCUUUUCUGCGGGAGAAUGCCUGACGGUCGGGAGAUUGUGAAGUUUGGCAAGACGCAGCCGCAGAAUGAGAAUUUCGAGGUGCAGUCGGCCUGGGAGGAACUAGGGGCUCGGGAGGACUCUGCAGAAACGGGGUUAGCUGCUAGGACAGAGAAGUUAGAGAAGCACAAGGAGAAGUUCAGUGCGUGCUGGGGGCAAGGGUGGGGACAGGGCUGGGAGAAGAAUCGCGACCAGCAGCUGCCGUGGCAGAGGAGGGAUGCAUAG